GGUAUAUGCUGAGCCAGCUGAGCUUGCAAGCAAAUAAACGUACAAAGUUACCUCAGGACCUGCUGCCAAAACCGUUCGUCGCUCGAUUCAUGCGGGUCCUUCUCGUAACGUCGCAAUUUGCAGCAGAGCGGUAUGGUGUGACGCGCUGUCUUCCUUCGUAGCGUCGUCGUCGGGCGGCAGCAGGUAUACAAAACCCGCGGGGCCGGGCCGUACGCGAUGGUCGCCCCGCCCGUCUUCGCCGCACGCUGAAAACAUCCGAGCGUGGUGUAGCGAUGGCAGCACCGAAGGACGUGUCUCGCUCGCCGUUCGAGUUCCUCAGCCUCGUGCCGCAGGGCCAUGAGAAGGCGCUCAAGCUGGCCGUGUACAACACGGCGACGCUCGUGUUCGCCGCCUUCGUGAGCGCAGCCGGCGUGGCCGUGUACUUCAUACUGCAGCCUUUCCUGGGCCCGCUCCUGUGGGCUCUCCUGUUCGGAUCGGUGCUGCACCCGUUCAAGCGAUCGCUGUGCCUGCUCCUGGGAGGAUGGCUGGACGCCCUGCGCGAGGCGGGCACCCCGCUUGCCGUGGGCGUGUUCUGCCUGCCCUUCCAGGUAGUCGACAGCGUCGCCGAACGGGCCUGCAACACGGUGCUGCGGUACUUCAAGUGGUUCCUCGCCGCCUCCGUACUCGUGCCGCUCGUCUACUUCGCGCACCACUUCUUGCCCGUCACGGUCGCCUGGAAAGUGUUCGCCGUCCUGCGCGUCUUCUAUCACAUCGUGUCGGCCACGAUGGAGAUCUUCUCCUCGGGAUGGAUGGUCUGGGGCAUGUUGGUGGGCUAUCUCGGUGCGCUGGUGUUUUGGUGGACGCCACAGACAGAAGGGCCCCUUCGGGCCAUGUCACCUGCUGUUUGGUUGGCGGUCGUAUGCCAUCUCGCCACUGUGGCAGGCAUGUGGCGGGUGCCAAUCCUGGCCGCUUUCCUGGCCCUGCUUGCCACGGGAUUCCUGGCCGAGCUACGUGGGGCCACAAGUGAAAAUGGGGAGCAUGGAGCAGGAGAGCCGGGUUCGCCUUGUGUGAGCACAUUGUAUGCUGGCUGGGCAUGGCUCACAGGGUCAUCUGUGGCAGCAUCAGCUCAGGACCACCUGGGCCCUCCCAAGCCGAUCACCAAGAAGCGGGUGUCGUUCAGCCUUGAGCCAGACACUGUGUUUCUGCCUGGCAUGGCCCCACCAGAGUCUACACGCAAGUCCUCUCAAGACAAAGGCACCAGCCACGAGGCUGACGGUGCCGACGGCAAAAGCAGCGCGUCGUCAGACGAAGGGAAACUAGCGCCCCGGCACUCGGCUUUGCAUCGACAACCCUCCCCGGCACCUGGAUCGAGUGAGGGUGACAUCAUUCUGCCCGCCAUCACAGUGAGGCCAACCAUCACCGUGCAGGACAGCGACCAGGAGAACAAAAACAAGGACGACGAUGCCGAGGCGAAAGGCAGUAAGGAUGCCGGGAGGAGUAGGCUGUACCUGUCCACCCUGGUGUGGGCAUGCCUGCUGGCUCAACUGUGGCGCUACAUCUGGCUCCUGCACCUUACCUACGUGCCCUUGCUGUACACCGUCAUCAAGCGAGUGGGAAGCCACUUGAACCUGUGGAGCUGUCUGCAGGAUCAAUCGCGCACUGUGUGCUGGACGUUGCGUAACUGGUACGACGAGCGCAGCCAGGCCCUUUUCCCGGCCCCAGUGCAUGGACUGUGGCGACUGCUGAGGGAGGGAGACAAGCGAAUGGUGUCUGUGCUGAAAACGUCAAUAGACUCUCUCACCACCAUUGGAAUUCUGUUGCUGGUGAUUCUGCUGGCCACUGUUGGCACCAUCUUCCUUGCUUUGCAGGUGUACGGUGAAAGCAUGCACUUGGUGGAGGUGACAAGCAGCCUCAUCAACCACACCGUUGUCAACAGCCCAGAGCUACAGGAACUGCUGCCUGAGUCCCUGCGCAAUGCCCAGGGGGCAUUCGACUCAAUGCUGGGAGAUGCCUACCUCUACGGGCGUCAGUGGAUCAGUGGCGCAGUGCGACGUGCCCUGGACGAUGCGGAUGAGUCGCACAAGUUGGAAGUUGAGCGGCAAACGCUGGAGCUGUGGGACCGUGCCUACCACUUGUGGGUGGCACGCAAUGCCACUGAUGACCCCACCCUGCACCACGGGCCCUCGUGGGACGCCCUCACAGAUUCUCUGCGCAAUCUCGAUUUCUCCCUGUUCACCAGCUUCAUCAGAGACAACAUUGGCACACUUAUGUCGGUGUUUGAAUCUAUCUGGAACCUGCUAAAGGGCAACAUCAGCGUCGUUCUCAGCCUGGUUACGACGACAAUCUCAAUCUUGUUUGGCGGUGGUACCGCAGUUCUCAACUUCGUGCUGAAUUUUGUCGUUUUCAUGACUGCACUCUACUACCUUCUGCGUGCAAGCAAGGAACGCUACAAGCCACUGGAUCUCUUUGCUAGCAUGUUGCCAGGCUCAGCUAGCCGCCUGGGUGAAGCGGUCGAGGAAGCUGUGGCAGGCGUCUUUGCAGCCUCUUUCAAGAUGGCUGCAUUUUAUGGUCUCUACACGUGGCUUAUACAUACGCUCUUUGAUGUCAAGAUGGUGUACAUUCCCACUGCACUGGCAUCCCUGUUUGGGGCAGUGCCUUUCAUUGGUGCAUACUGGGCUUGCCUGCCAGCCGUGCUGGAGCUGUGGCUGGUUCAAGCACAGCGCCUCAAGGCACUCCUCAUGCUCAUCUGCCAACUGGCGCCCACUUACUUCGUUGACUGCGCCAUCUAUGCCGAGAUUAAGGGGGGUGGUCAUCCCUUUUUGACUGGGCUGGCGAUAGCAGGCUGGUGUCUUCUGCCUGGGUUUCCAGGGUGCACUGUUUGGGCCCAUGCUUCUGUGUGUUCUCAUUGUAGCCAUGAAAGUGUACCGCUCUGUGAUGCAAUCCAUGCCCGCUGGCUCAGGGGAACGGCGCUUCAGCUUCAAGAGGAUGUUCACAAUAGACUAGCGUGGCAUGGUGCACAUCACCCCUGUGGACACAAGAUACAACAGCAGAUGAAGCAUCCUGUUAUCUGUUGACAUCCUGCCUCCUUACCUGCUGCUAGUCAUUUUGUGCCUUGCUCAGCCAAUUUAAAAGUCGCCAAUCCAUGCCUUCCGUCUGCAGCGCACAAUAGCCACUGCAGCCUACAUCUCUGGCUCACGCAGGCGCCUUUUUACGUUGUUUACGCAAUGUUUUCUUACGUACACUAUGCCAAUUAAUGCAGCACAGCGAAAUAUAAACGUGUUGUCGCUUCGCUCGAAUGUUUUGAAAGUAUGUUGGAGCAAUAAUACUCGCAAUGUCACAAGUUCUCGUCGUGCUUGCAUUUCGAUACGGCCGAAGUACUACUAACACCAAAGAACGUCUCGCAAUUUUACUGGUCACAUCGUGCGAAGUUUGUCUCGCGGUCAUUGAGGCAUAUGACGAAGAAUGGCAACUCUUUGUGUAUAUUGUGUGCGUCCAGAAAAGUAAUGUUAUUGGAAAGAUUUUGCAUUUGAAUAGCGUAGUUCAGAAUUUUCACUCGGUGCAAUCAUUUUAGGGCAAAUCUGUGCUGACAAGUUCGCCUAAUACUGUGUGAUUCAGUGAUGAAUGUUGAAUAGAUCGAUAGCAGGCUACUCGACGUUUGACAAUUGCCUUCAUGUUACCUGGUGCCCAACCGUUGUUGAUAGAGAAGCUGCUUGCUGUUCAGACUAUUCACAAUAUACAUCAGAUCUGCAGGAUGAAACCAUCACUAUUAUUUACAAAAUAAAGGUUGUGUUUGAUGAA